AUGGCGAUGGCGAGCCUUCAGAGACUUCGUCACUCCCAAAUCCACCACCGCCUGCCUUCUCUCUCCUUCAUCUCCAGAUCCUCCGCCUCCUCUGUAUCCCCAUCCCCAUCCUCGCCCACCCACUCAGCCAAAGUCUCCGAUCGAAUUGUGAAGCUCUUCGCGAUCGACGUCGACGGGCGCAAGCGCGAGGUGGUGGGCCUAUCGGGCCACACUCUGCUCCGGGCCCUAGCCCAAGGUGGCCUGAUCGACCCGGCCUCCCACCGGCUCGAGGAUAUCGACGCCUGCUCGGCCGAAUGCGAGGUCAAUAUCGCGCAGGAAUGGUUCGAAAAGCUCCCGCCACGGUCCUACGACGAAGAGUACGUGCUCAAGAGGAACUCUAGGGCUAGGGUUCUCAACAAGCACUCCAGGCUCGGAUGCCAGGUCGUCCUCACUCCUGAGCUUCAAGGUAUGGUCGUCGCUGUUCCCGAGCCCAAACCCUGGGACAUCCCAUAA